AUGCUAAGCAGACUUUUCCGACUCCAUGGCCUGUUCGUGGCCUCCCAUCCUUGGGAGGUGAUUGUGGCCACUGUGACUCUCACCAUUUGCAUGAUGUCCAUGAACAUGUUCACUGGCAAUAACCGCAUUUGUGGUUGGAACUUUGACUGCCCCAAGUAUGAGGAGCAAGUCCUCAGCAGUGACAUCAUCAUUCUGACAAUCACACGAUGCAUUGCAAUUGUCUACAUUUACUUCCAAUUUCAAAACCUUCGGCAGCUUGGAUCAAAGUAUAUACUGGGUAUUGCUGGACUUUUCACUAUCUUCUCUAGUUUUGUAUUCAGCACUGUUGUGAUUCAUUUCUUGGAUAAGGAGCUGACCGGUUUAAAUGAGGCAUUGCCGUUCUUCCUGCUCCUGAUUGACCUCUCCAAAGCGUGUGCUCUGGCAAAAUUUGCACUGAGUUCAAACUCACAGGAUGAGGUUAGAGAAAACAUAGCAAGAGGAAUGGCAGUACUGGGUCCAACAUUCACUCUGGAUGCGCUGGUGGAGUGUCUAGUAAUUGGUGUCGGGACCAUGUCAGGUGUUCGCCAGCUUGAGAUCAUGUGCGGCUUUGGAUGCAUGUCUGUCCUCGCCAAUUACUUCGUCUUCAUGACUUUCUUCCCAGCCUGUGUCUCGUUAGUGCUUGAGUUAUCCAGGGAAAGCAGAGAGGGACAUCCUAUCUGGCAGCUGAGCCACUUUGCCCGUGUCCUGGAGGAAGAGGAGGACAACAAACCCAAUCCAGUCACACAGAGAGUCAAGAUGAUCAUGUCUCUUGGCCUGGUGAUGGUUCACGCUCACAGUCGAUGGAUUGCUGAUCCGGCAUCUCCAAAUAGAACCCUGGAUGUUCCCCAAGUGGGAAUGAGUUUAAAUUCACCCAAGAGGAUUGAGCCGGAUAUGCCCUUGUGGCAGUUCUACCUGUCCAGAAUGAUCAGCAUGGACAUUGAGCAGGUCAUCACUUUAGGUCUUGCCCUCUUCCUGGCCAUGAAGUACAUCUUCUUUGAGCAGGUGGAAAUGGAGUCUACGCUGUCUCUUAAAGUCUCUCCUCCCAGCACCAAGCUCACACAGAGAUGGUAUCCUAAUCAGUGCUGCAGGAAGGAAGUGACCCCCUGCUCUAACAGGUCCGAGAAGCCCACUGCUCCUCCUCCUCCUCCUCCUCCUAUCACUAAAGAGGAAAGAGAUUUAGUGAUAAAGCCAUUGCCUACCAAGACUGAGCCAAUUCCAAGAAGCAUGUUUGUGGUGGGAGAGGGAGAAACCUUGGACAAUAGUGUUGUAGUGGAACCUCAGCCCAGCAUCUCUUCAGAGUCCAGGCCAGUGGAAAAGUGCUUGACCAUUCUGCAAGACCCACAGAUGGGUGCUCAAUUCCUGAGCGAUGCUGAGGUUAUUAUGUUAGUAAAUGCGAAGCACAUUCCUGCCUAUAAGCUGGAGGCAGUGAUGGAGAGCCCACAGAGAGGGGUGAUGAUCCGCAGGAAGAUGCUCCGCCCCAAACUUCCAAAGACUUCUGCACUCACCUGCCUUCCCUACAAAGACUACAACUACUCUCAGGUGAUGGGAACUUGCUGUGAGAACAUCAUUGGUUACAUGCCUGUUCCAGUGGGGGUUGCAGGCCCUCUGCUGUUGGACGGAAAGCAGUUUCAGGUCCCACUGGCUACGACCGAGGGCUGUCUUGUGGCCAGCACAAACCGAGGCUGCAGAGCAAUAGCUCUGGCUGGUGGAGUCAGCAGCAGGCUUUUGGCUGAUGGUAUGACCCGUGGCCCUGUAGUUCGCUUAUCUUCCGCCUGCAAAGCCGCUGAGGUCAAGGCAUGGCUUGAGAGCCCAGAGGGCUACAAGUGCAUUAAAGAGGCAUUUGACCACACUAGCAGGUUUGCUCGUUUAGAGAAGCUCCUGAUUGGCCUUGCUUCACGAAAUCUGUAUAUACGCUUUCAGUCCCAAACUGGAGAUGCCAUGGGAAUGAACAUGAUUUCAAAGGGAACAGAGCAAGCUCUGGCAAGGCUUAAAGAAGAAUUCCCUGAGCUGCAGGUCCUGGCAGUUAGUGGGAACUACUGCACUGAUAAAAAACCAGCUGCUAUUAACUGGAUCGAGGGCAGGGGAAAGUCAGUGGUGUGUGAAGCGAUCAUACCUGCUCAAGUUGUUAGAGAGGUUUUAAAGACCAGUACGGAAGCUCUGGUGGAGCUAAAUAUCAAUAAAAACCUUGUGGGUUCUGCCAUGGCAGGAAGUAUUGGGGGCUAUAAUGCUCAUGCCGCCAACAUUGUUGCUGCCAUUUACAUCGCAUGUGGACAGGACCCGGCUCAGACAGUGGGCAGCUCUAACUGUAUCACCCUAAUGGAAGCAGCUGGACCCGCAACAGAGGAUCUCUACAUCAGCUGCACCAUGCCUUCCAUUGAGCUGGGCACUGUAGGAGGAGGCACCAAUCUGGCACCUCAGCAAGCCUGUCUGCAGAUGUUAGGUGUGCAAGGUGCCAGUGAGACGUGUCCUGGUGAGAAUGCCCGGCAGCUUGCCAAGGUGGUGUGUGCUACCGUGCUGGCAGGGGAAAUAUCGCUCAUGGCUGCUCUUGCUGCUGGACAGUUAGUCAAAAGUCACAUGACACAUAAUAGGUCAAAAGUUAAUUUACAGGACACACCACGAAGCUGUACAAAACAGGCACCUUGAAACUUAGAGGCCUAACGUGGGGAUGACGUAAGCAGCACAAAAGGAAAAAGACUCAAAAGGGGAAGGGGGAAAAAAAAUAAAUAAAAACCACACCACAUACAUUUGAGUACUUUUACGAAUGAGUAAAAGUCAAAUGGAUGGUCGAAACCAAAAAUAUUUCCAACACCCAGUCCAGGGGAAAAAUGCUUUCAUUCUCAUUUACGGAGUGCCACAAUCAUCUCAAAGA